AAUGAGAAUAGCAAUUUUAUUGGUAUUGAUUGCAAUAUCAUCUACAACAGAAACACAUCUCACAGCUAUAAAGCAAUUAAGAGAAGUAAUAAAUGUUAAGUAUAUUUCAGAAAACAAGAAUCACUCCUUUUAGCGAUUAUUUUUAUGGGAUGCUUGAAUUACAUUAAUCAAGUAAAUUAGGUGAAGUAGUCACUAUUGUAUAAUCAAUGUUAGACAAACUCAUUGCUGCAUCUGGGGCUAAUGAAGCUGAACAUUCUUCUGUAAUACUAUUUCUAAUUAAUUUAGUAACAAGCCAAUUAUGAAUAAUAAAUUUCUAAAUUAGAAAAUACCUUAGAAACAACUGAAAGUGAACUUAGUUCAGUUAAUUAAUAAAUAAAUGAUUUAACUUCUGAUCUAUCUUCACUUACUCAAUCUUUGAGUUUCUAAGGCUAAUAACUAUUAUUGUUAUCUAAUUAAAUUACAUAAUUAAGUGAUAAUCAUUAAGAAGAAGUAAGAGCAUCAGAAGAGAAAUUCAAUAAUAACUCUAGAUAUUUGGCAGCAGUUUAAGAAGUAUUAAGAUUUUUAAGUGAUACUCUUUUGGGAAAUACUAGUUUAAUUGAAAGAGAAAGAGCAAUUGAAGCAGCUAAACAAUCUUUGGGAGAUAAACAUCCAAUUUCUAUAAUGAUUUAAAUGACAUCAUAAUAUGAUGAUAAUACAAUUAGAAGAGUUAUUACUAAAUUAGAAGGAAUAGCAUAAAAUGUAUAAGAAAGAUUAGAUGCUAUUAAUACUUCUUCAAAUAAUUCAGAACAAUAAUAUGAAACAUUAAGAAGCCAAUUUGAAACCACUUACAGUAAUUUAGAUAAGGAUAAACAAUUCAAUUAAAGAUAAGCAACUGCUAAAGACAAUGACCUAGUAAAAUUAAUUGGAAAUUAUAUAAUAGGCAUCAGCCAAGAGAAGAUAAUAAGAAUUACAAGAACUAAUCUCAACAUCUAAAGAAUUACUUGAUUAAACAAGAAUUGCUUAAGACAAUGAAAAUACAAGUUACACAAGCAAAAGAUCACAUAUUUCAGAAGAAAUUAGCAUUGUAUAAAGUGCUUUGGAUCUAUUAUCACAAUUACCAGCUUAAUGAUAU